UUAUCAGCACAUUGGAGAGGUGCGGGCGAGAUGUAUUUUAGCUCUUGUAAGCUAUAAUUAAAAAGAAAAUUUUAAAUGAUGUAAAGUCAGGGUUUUCAAGUUUCUUUUUUCUCUAUAAACAGAAAUAGUCUGAAGUUGAGGUGGUGCAUAGCAAGAAAGUCUUUCCUGCUCUGAAAAUCUGGAGUUGCUUCUCUCUUGCGAAAAAUGGAGAAACAAAUAGAAGGGUCUAAUCAGAAGGCGAUGGUGAUCAUAGAUGAGAGUGAGUGCAGUUAUCAUGCACUCAUGUGGGUGCUUGACAAUCUCAAAGGAUUCAUUACUGACUCACCGCUUGUCAUGUUUGCUGCACUACCUACUCCUAACUGUAACUUUGCAUAUGGGGCACAACUUGGCACCACUGCGUUGUAUUGUACAGUCUCACCCACCCUAGGUUUGAUUUGUUCCAUGCAAGAAAGAAGCAAGAAAAUCUUAUUGGGUGUCUUGGAGAAAGCUGUGGAUAUCUGUGAUAGUCGAGGGGUGAAAGCAGAGACAAUCACAGAAGCUGGGGAGCCUUAUGAGCUCAUAAGCAGUGCUGUUCAAAAGAAUAAGAUUGAUCUACUAGUGAUCGGUAACACACUCGUUAAUGGAACCCUUAAAAGGGAUUUUCUGGGGAGUCAGAGCAACUGUUGCCUACUUAAAGCCAAUUGUUCUGUCCUUGUUGUCAAGAAACCAGAAUGAAAAGGCAUUACUUCUAUUUCUACGUGGGAUUACUUGGUAAUUAUUAAGUUUUUUGGACAUCAUUUGUAUGGUACUCUUGUUGUCAUUACAUGUAUGCCAUGGUUAUGUAAGAAAUUAAGCUGCAACAGUGAUUGGUAGUUAUAUCCAUAUGAUUAGAUUUAAUUUGCUUUCA